UGCCUGAUCCCCAACGAGUCAAAGACUCCAGGUCUGAUGGAGAACUUCCUGGUUAUCCACCAGCUCAGGUGUAAUGGUGUUCUGGAGGGGAUCAGGAUCUGCAGGAAGGGCUUCCCCAGUAGAAUCAUCUAUGCUGACUUCAAGCAGAGGUACAAAGUACUGAAUGCCAGUGUCAUCCCCGAGGGCCAGUUCAUGGACAACAAGAAGGCUUCUGAGAAGCUGCUUGGGUCCAUUGAUGUGAAUCACGAGGACUACAAGUUUGGACACACCAAGGUGUUCUUCAAAGCCGGUCUGCUGGGUGUCCUGGAGGAGAUGAGAGAUGAGAAGCUGGCCUCUCUGGUCGGCAUGGUCCAGGCUCUCAGCCGUGGAUUCCUCAUGAGGAGAGAGUUCACCAAGAUGAUGGAGAGGAGAGAUUCCGUCUUCACCAUCCAGUACAACAUCCGUUCAUUCAUGAAUGUGAAAACCUGGCCAUGGAUGAAGUUGUACUUCAAGAUCAAGCCCCUGCUGCAGAGCGCUGAGACUGAGAAGGAGCUGGCCAACAUGAAGGAGAACUAUGAGAAGAUGACGUCGGACUUGGCCAAGGCUCUGGCCAAGAAGAAGGAGUUGGAGGAGAAGAUGGUGGCCAUGGUGCAGGAGAAGAAUGACCUGGCACUUCAAGUCGCAUCUGAUUCAGAGAAUCUGAACGAUGCUGAGGAAAGGUGUGAGGGGCUCAUCAAGAGCAAGAUCCAGCUGGAGGCCAAACUCAAAGAGACGACUGAGAGGCUGGAGGAUGAGGAGGAGAUGAAUGCUGAGUUGACUGCCAAGAAGAGGAAGCUGGAGGACGAAUGCUCUGAGCUGAAGAAGGACAUUGAUGACCUGGAGCUCACCUUGGCCAAAGUGGAGAAGGAGAAGCACGCCACUGAAAACAAGGUUAAAAACCUGACAGAGGAGAUGGCGUCUAUGGAUGAGAGUGUUGCCAAGCUGACCAAGGAGAAGAAAGCCCUCCAAGAGGCCCACCAGCAGACACUGGACGACCUGCAGGCAGAGGAGGACAAAGUCAACACUCUGACCAAGGCCAAGACCAAGCUGGAACAGCAAGUGGACGACCUUGAGGGUUCUCUGGAGCAAGAGAAGAAGCUCCGUAUGGACCUUGAGAGAGCCAAGAGAAAGCUGGAGGGAGAUCUGAAACUGGCCCAGGAGUCCAUAAUGGACCUGGAGAAUGACAAGCAGCAGUCUGAUGAGAAAAUCAAGAAGAAGGAGUUUGAGACCACCCAGCUCCUCAGCAAGAUAGAGGAUGAGCAGUCUCUGGGAGCUCAGCUGCAGAAGAAGAUCAAGGAACUCCAGGCCCGUAUUGAGGAGCUGGAGGAGGAAAUUGAGGCUGAGCGUGCUGCCAUGGCCAAGGUUGAGAAGCAGAGGGCCGAUCUCUCCAGGGAACUUGAGGAGAUCAGCGAGAGACUGGAGGAGGCCGGAGGCGCCACUGCUGCUCAGAUUGAGAUGAACAAGAAGCGUGAGGCUGAGUUCCAGAAGCUGCGUCGUGAUCUUGAAGAGUCCACCCUGCAGCAUGAGGCCACAGCCGCCGCUCUGCGCAAGAAGCAGGCCGACAGUGUGGCUGAGCUCGGGGAGCAGAUCGACAACCUGCAGCGCGUCAAGCAGAAGCUGGAGAAGGAGAAGAGUGAGUACAAGAUGGAGAUUGAUGACCUCUCCAGCAACAUGGAGGCUGUCGCCAAGGCUAAGGGCAAUCUGGAGAAGAUGUGCCGUACUCUUGAGGACCAGCUGAGCGAGCUCAAGACUAAGAAUGAUGAGAAUGCUCGCCAGGUCAACGACAUCAGCGGACAGAGGGCCAGACUCCUUACAGAAAAUGGUGAGUUUGGCCGCCAGCUGGAGGAGAAGGAAGCCCUGGUGUCUCAGCUGACCAGAGGCAAACAGGCCUUCACCCAGCAGGUGGAGGAGCUGAAGAGACUGAUUGAGGAGGAGGUCAAGGCUAAAAACGCACUGGCCCAUGGUGUCCAGUGUGCCCGCCAUGACUGUGAUCUCCUGAGAGAGCAGUUUGAGGAGGAGCAGGAGGCCAAGGCAGAGCUGCAGCGCGGCAUGUCCAAGGCCAACAGUGAGGUGGCUCAGUGGAGGACUAAGUAUGAAACUGAUGCCAUCCAACGCACAGAGGAGCUGGAGGAGGCCAAGUGAGUUGCUCUCAAUAGC